AUGAGUCUAUCCAAUCGACCGUCUCAGCGGCAAGAUCCCCCACCCACAGGAGUAUACACGGUCGAAUCGGCCACAGCUGUCGAUGAAUCUACCGCUUGUGACGACAGUGAUGCUUCCAUCAAACGUAUCGUCAAAAGUGGAGUUCGUGCAGUCAAUGAUGUCCCUAUACUACUUUCUGUACCACAACUGGCGAAUGGUGUAGAGGCUUCGCAUUUGGAGCAGCGUCGGAUUCGAGCAGAACACCUGAGUCGGGUGCUGCACAACAACCUUACUCUCGCGAACGUAACCAAUCUACCGGAAAGUGAGUUUACUUUACGUCGUCACACCCGGUACGGUAGUCUAGGAACGCAUACAGACACUCUGCAACACUUGCGCAGCAUCACGACUCCAGUUCCGCCUACACACCUGGCGAACUCUCCACCUGAGAGUUUGUUGGCGAUAUUGGACAUCAAUGGGGCGGCUUCCCUCCACGCCUCCACUUCUGAUCGCCAACUGAGGUCACAAUCAACUAUGUCGCUUCGGGGCGGUUCAGGCUUCGACCGUCAAGGACGACGGAAACCAAACUGGCAGCUUGCCUUAGAAGAGAUCAUUAGGGACGACAAUGCUUGGCUCCGAAUGAAUCCUGGGCAAAGCUUGCAGAGUCGUUACUACAGCGGCAACAGCGGCGGCGGUGCGCAAGCUUCAUCCGCAGCAAAGGCAAACCUGACCAAGCUCUUCGAUCGGUACCAAGAGGCUGGCGCACCCGACAAGGAUAUUGUUGGCGUAGAGGGUACUAUGCGGUACUUCGAGGAAACGGGCGUCGAUGCCGAAGGCCUAGAGGCGUUGGCUGCUCUUGAGAUUGUGCAGGCGCCUACUAUGGGCGAAAUGAGCCGCGAUGGCUUUGUCAAGGGUUGGUCAGAACGCAGCUGCGAUACCGUCGACAAGCAGAAGGCGUACCUGAAAAAUGUCAAGAGCGAGCUGUCUGACAACAAAGAGCUCUUCACACGCGUCUACAAAUACACAUUCACCAUUGCCAAACCCACAGAUCAGAGAGCUGUUCCACUCGAGAUGGCCGCCGUAUAUUGGGAGUUGCUAUUCAGCUCACCCCUGUCGGCAGUCAAGUGGUCGAGCCCCAAUACGCCAUGGUUGAGCUGGUGGAUCGAGUUCCUCAACACAUCGUGGAAGAAGAGCGUCAACAAGGAUAUGUGGAACGAGACGCUCAAGUUCGCACAGCUCUCACUAGCCGAUGAGUCGAUGAGCUUCUGGAACGAGGAGUCUUCAUGGCCUUCCGUCAUCGACGACUUUGUCGAGUUUGUCAAGAAGGACAAGCGCGGUGUCAAAAUGGUCGCCGCUAAGAAGCAUGUCCCGAUCGUGAAGAAGCACCGCAAGCGGUUCAACCGCCACCAGUCGGACCGCUUCAUGUGCGUUGACCCCUCAUGGCGCAAGCCUAAGGGUAUCGACAACCGCGUCCGCAGGCGGUUCAAGGGCCAGGCUGCUAUGCCCAAGAUCGGAUACGGCUCCAACAGGAAGACCCGCCACAUGAUGCCCUCCGGCCACAAGGCUUUCGUUGUCAACAACGUCGCCGAUGUUGACCUUCUCCUCAUGCACAACGCCACCUUCGCCGCAGAGAUCGCCCACGCUGUAUCAGCACGAAAGCGCAUCGAAAUUAUCGCCAGGGCGAAGCAGAUCGGUGUCAAGGUUACCAACGGCAAGGCCCGCGUUAAGACCGAGUCGUAG